UUCUUUAUCCAAAAACACUCUCACACACACCAUUAUCCAUCUGAGGAAUGGAUGUAAGAAGCACAUCUUUCAAUAUUGUGAAAUCAUAUCAACAUCCAUUAUCACCAUCUUGCAUUUCUCCUAUAAUUUCGUUGCGACCGCAAUUCUUGGGUUCUGAAUUUCGGGGCAGGAGGAAAUGCUGUUGGGUUGGUUUUGGAGUUCGAUAUCGUGGUCAGUUGGUUAGGACUAGAAAGAGGUUUGUGUUCAGAACAUCUGCGGCUUUGGAUCCUCAGACAGUUGUUGUUGUCGUGUCUUUUGUGGCUGUUUCUGCUCUUACUGUUUUUUACUUCAAUUAUUCGAAUAAAAAGCAGGAUACCCAUGAAUCCAGUAAGGUAUCCAAGCCGCAUGACCACAAAGAUACCCAACAUAGUUCAAGUAUAGUAAAUCAUACUGUUAAUGGUCAACAGACAUUAAAUGUUGGUCUCGUAAGCGAGCAUCCAGAUUUGGGAAGCAAAGAUAUAGCCGAGGAAGUUAAAGACGUUAUCCACCAUUUUCCUGAUGAACCAGUGCAGGCCCAUAACCAUGAAACAGUCAUGUUGGAUGAAGUACAUAUAACACCAGUCAUAUCAGCCUCCUCUGGAUCUGAUACCGUUUCAUCUGGCAUCAUAGAAUCUUCGGAAACGUCUGAGGUUCAAACAUCUUACAAACAAGAUGUAGUUAUGUUGGAAGCAUCUUUUGAGGAAAGUCCUAAAGUAAUAACAUCGUCAUCUCAAGAAUCACUAAGUAUGCUUCUUGAAUCAGGCGAUGUAUUGUGUAUUCCCACUGUAGUAAAAAAUAAAACAGAGUUACCCAAAUUGAUGGCUGAGAAUGAGUUGAUUGCGGCUUCUGUUCCUACAAAAGUACACGUGUCAGAGGUUAGUGUGAUUGAAGAGAACCAUGGGCUCCCUAAAGAAGGUGAUUUUAACAAGUACAACUUUGCGCCAACUAAAUACACCCACAAUGGGUUACAUUCGUUCUAUGAGGGAAACAAAUAUACAAUGAAUUCCAUGGAAAGUCUUAGUAGCACGAAAUCAAUGCCCGAGAUUUCCUCCUUCAGGAAUAAUGGCUUUGCUUUGUCAUCUGGUAGUUCCAUAUUUCAAAGUGAAAGAUUUUCCACAAAGGACUUUCUUCAUGCUGCAGAAAAGUUUCAGUCUAAAUUACCUAAUGGAAAUUCAGAAAAUGGCCCUUUUCAUGGAAGGGGAGAGUUUUGGAAGAAAGGAGCGUCAUCCAGUGACAAAGAAAAAUCAAUGCUGACUAAGGAUGACUUGAAAAUUCUGUUCCACGAAUCACAAAGAAAUAAACAAGGACCCACUCAUAAUUAUGCUUCACAACAAUUACGUGCUUACCAUCGCUUUCUCAAAGAGGGGAGGUUAACAGAAAGCUUAGAAAAGCUUGAAUAUCUUGAAAGAAAAGGUUUGUUAGACAUGAAUAAUGUCUAUCAUAUGGGAUUUCUCAGUAUGUGUAGAAGUCAAAAAGCUGUGAAGGAAGCAUUUCGUUUUUUCAAUCUUAUUCCAAAUCCAACCUUAAGCACAUUUAAUAUGCUUAUGUCUGUUUGUGCCAGCUCUCAAGAUCUAGAUGGAGCAUUUGAGGUUGUGCAACUCCUCAAGAAAUCUGGAUUAAGAGCUGAUUGUAAACUUUACACUACACUGAUAUCAACUUGUGCUAAGAGUAAAAAAGUUGAUACAAUGUUUAAGGUGUUCCAUGAAAUGGUCAACAUUGGUCUGGAGCCAAAUGUUCACACAUAUGGUGCACUUAUUGACGGUUGUGCCAAAGCUGGACAAGUUGCCAAGGCAUUUGGUGCUUAUGGUAUAAUGAGGUCAAAGAAUGUGAAGCCAGACCGAAUUGUAUUCAAUGCGCUUAUCAGUGCAUGUGGCCAAUCAGGAGCCGUAGAUCGUGCAUUUGAUGUGUUAUCAGAAAUGAGAUCCGAGACACAUCCUAUAGACCCUGAUCAUGUUACAGUUGGUGCUUUGAUGAAAGCAUGUGUUAGUGCUGGCCAGAUUGAACGGGCUCGAGAGAUAUAUGGUAUGAUUGAAGAAUUCAAAAUCAAGGGCACCCCUGAAGUUUACACCAUUGCUGUUAAUAGUUGCAGUGGAAACGGUGAUUGGGAGUUUGCAUGCAGUGUCUUUGAUGAUAUGACAAAAAAGGGGAUCACCCCUGAUGAGAUGUUUUUCAGUGCAUUGAUAGAUGUGGCAGGGCAUGCGGGGAAGUUGGAUGCUUCAUUUGAAAUUCUACAAGAAGCUAGGAAUAAAGGAAUAGAUGUGGGGAUCAUAACGUAUAGCUCAUUGAUGGGAGCAUGUAGCAAUGCCAAAAACUGGAAGAAGGCGCUAGAGUUAUAUGAAUAUGUCAUAAGGAUGAGGAUGAAACCAGCAGUGUCGAUGAUGAAUGCGUUAAUCACUGCCUUGUGUGACGGAGAUGAACUUCCUAAGGCUGUGGAAAUUCUGUCAGAAAUGAAAAAGUUAGGCUUACGCCCAAACUCCGUCACCUACUCCAUAUUACUGGUGGCAAGUGAAAGAAAAGAUGAUUUAGACGUUGGUCUUAUGCUCCUUUCUCAUGCUAAAAAGGAUGGCAUUUCCCCAAAUCUUGUAAUGUGCAGGUGUUUAAUUGCUUUGUGCUACCGGAGAUUUGAGAAAGCUUGUGUGAUUGGUGAACCCAUCUUGUCUUUUGAUUCAGGGCAGCUAGUAAUCGACAGUGAAUGGACAACAUUAGUCUUGAUGGUAUAUAGAGAAACAAUAAGAGCCGGUGUUGUUCCAACAAUAGAAGAACUUUCCCAAGUCCUAGGAUGUUUACGGCUUCCUCAAGAUUCAUCGUUAAAGACCAGACUGAUUGAGAAUCUGGGAGUGUUUACAGAAACAACAAAAGGAUCAAAUCUCUGCUCUUUGAUUGAUGGCUUUGGAGAAUAUGAUCCACGUGCCUUUUCUCUCCUUGAGGAAGCUGCUUCACUUGGGAUUGUUCCUAGUGUGUCUUUGAAAGAAAGUCCUAUAGUCGUGGAUGUGACUAAAUUACCGAUGUAUACAGCUGAGGUUUACUUCUUGACAGUCUUGAGGGGUCUGAAGCAUCGGCUAGCUGCUGGUGUGAAAUUGCCCAACAUUAGCAUCUUACUCCCUGUAGUAAAGACGCAAAUUAAGUCUCCAACAGUUGAUAAAACAGUGAAUGUUGCAGGAAGAGUUAGCCAGGGUAUUUCAGCAUUAUUAAGAAGACUAAGGAUUGCAUACAUAGGAAAUGAAUCGUUUGGAAAACUCAGAAUCAACGGGGUAGUAGUUAAGAAGUGGCUAUCACCGAAGCUUUCAUCCCCUUAUGGUGGUAACCCAACUAUAUUCAGUUCAUCCAACUCACGUUUGGGUAAAGGAAUCAGCAAUCAGCAGCGCCACAUUCGAAGUGGUAACCUGUCGUUUGAAUAAGUUUGUAACUUUUAACUUUUUUCUCUUAUUAACUCCUUAUAUGGCGGUUUCACUCAGAGGUCAGCAACUCGACAUUGCAGUAGAUUGUAAUUCGGCAUCUGAUUAUGUUAGGUUAGUAUGACCAUGAGGUAAAAACAUCAUGUGAAUACAACCUUAAACAUAGUCUAUAUAAUCCCAUAGUUACAGUUUUGGUACUUAGGUUAUAUAUACAUGAGUUUACCUAUGGGACUUUAGUUUGCAUUGCAUAUAGAACAUAAUAAGGUGGUGUUGGAAUAUCUGGGCUGAACUAAGAAUUGUUGUACAAGAACUACAAUUACAAUGUUUGUAUGCUAUGAUUUUGUAUAUAUUCAUUUUAUGUAA